GUCUGCAUGUCUGUUCCCAGCACUCUGCAAGGCUAGAAAAGCAGGAGGAACCUUUCCAGAAUCCCUGCAGGACAGGAAAACGAGGGGACAUCUCAACAUGGAAAAACUCUGCAAUGAAAAUGAAGGAAAGCUGGAAAGCGAAGGAAAGCCAGAAAAUGAAGUAGAGCCUGAAAAUCAAGGAAAGUCAGAUGAGGAAGAAAAGCCAGAAGUGGAGGGGAGGUCAGAACACGAGGGAGAGCUCCAGAAUGAGGGACGGCCAGAAGACCAGGGACAACCAGAAGAUGAGAGGAAGAGAGAAAAGCAGGACAAGUCCGAAGCUGAGGGAAAACCACACGGUGAGGGCAAGCUGGAAUCCCAGGCAAAGCCAGAGAGUCAGCCGCGGGCUGCCGAAAAGCGCACUGCUGAAGACUAUGUGCCCCGGAAAGCAAAAAGAAAAACGGACAGGGGGACGGACGAUUCCCCCAAGGACUAUCAGAACAACUUACAGGAAAGGCAUGUGGGCAGUGAGGAGAUGAUGACAGAAUGUGCAGAUAUGUCAAGGGCUCAGGAAGAGCUAAGGAAAAGACAGAAAAUGGGUGGUUUUCAUUGGAUGCAAAGAGAUGUACAGGAUCCAUUCACCCCAAGGGGCCAACGGGGUGUCAGGGGAAUGAGGGGCGGAGGUAGGGGCCAGAGGCGCUUACAUGAUAUCCCAUAUCUUUAAUGCCUUUGGUCUUCAAUUCUGACUCCUCUGAUGAGAAUAUCGCUGACCCUGCUUUCCCUGGCAGGCAUUUGCCAGGCUAUGUGCUUUAACCUUAAGCUGAUUCUUUGCUUUAGGUGUCACUCUCGUUACCAGCAGCCUUUUGAUCCAACUACAGUGCUCUCUGUGUUUCAGUAGGGGAUUUUCACCCACGUGCAUGGAGGAGAUGUUCAUGGUACACUGUAAAACAACAAUAAAGAAAAACAGUUUUCAGAAUCG